AUGUCCGAGGCACCGAGAAGCUACCCGGAGGGAACGUCGGGGCGUCAACCACUGGUAGCUGUGUGCAUGGGAUCCGACACCGACCUGGAGACGCUGCGACCCGGGCUGGCGGUGCUCGAGAGCACCAACAUCCCUUACGAGGUGCACAUCACGUCGGCGCACCGCACGCCACAAUACAUGCUCGACUUCGGCAAGAAGGCCGCCGGUCGCGGCUUCAAGGUCAUCAUCGCGGCGGCCGGGGGCGCGGCGCACCUCCCCGGCAUGAUCGCCUCCGAGACCGUGCUGCCCGUCAUCGGCGUGCCGGUCAAGGCGAAGGCGCUGGACGGCCUCGACAGCCUGUGCAGCAUCGUGUCGAUGCCCCGGGGCAUCCCCGUCGCCACGGUCGGCAUUGGAAACAGCGUCAACGCGGCGAUCCUGGCGGCGCGGAUCGUGGCCACGAGCGACGAGGCCGCGCGCCAGUGGGUGGCGGGACAUCUGAAGCAAAUGGACGACGACAACAUGGCCAAGGAGGCUCGGUUACAGAGAGAGGGCUGGGCGACGUAUCAGAAACUGGAUUCAUGA